GCUUGGUUUAUUAUAUAUCUUAUUAAUUCCACGUAUGGGGGCCUCGCUAUUAAUUAUGAGGAGUUGUUAUCAGCAAUUCAGAGAAAGAGCUCUUUAAUUAAUGCACAAGAAGAAAGAACAGUUCAUUCCCAAUCCAAAGUAAGAAGACCCCUCUCUGUUUUGUGUUGUGUGGUGGUGUAUUAUCAUCCAUCUCUUUCAUCAUUUUGGGCUCAAUGCCCUGCCUACUCUUACCGUUAUUCACGUUCUGUUUUGGAAAGAUACCCCUUUAUAAUGACCAGUACACUUGAUACAAGAGAGAAAACCUCACUGACACUGUCACACACCCUUCUCAGUCUUCAUUCAAUUGCAAAAUUGCAAUUUCUUCAACAAAAGUCCAACCCAAUUCCAACUCACAAACAGACAGACAGACAGACAGAGAUGUGUACAUAUAUAUAUAUAUAUAUAUACGUCUCUCUAGCUAGGCCUUCUUCUAUCAUCAGCUUUUCUUCACUCUGCUGCAAACAACUGCAAAUUAAUUAAGGUGGGUGUGUAUGAGGGACUGAGAAGGGGGGGGGUAAGGUAAAAACAAUAGGUUGAGCCCAAAACUUCUUUUUCUUUUGCUCACUCACACCUUAAUUUAUUUGUCUUUUCUUUGGUGCAUUGGGUGCAGAUUCAGAAAAAGCGGUGGCAGGUUUACGUACUCAUUAUAUUAUAUACCACUCUCUUAAAACGAGUCCCACGUCCUCUUCCUAUGUUGGAUCUUGGCCUCACCUAUAAAUACAUACAUGUAUACAUAUAUGUAUAUGUGUGUGAGAGAGAGAGAGAGAGAGAAGGGGAUAGCUAGGGAAAUUGUCGGUUGGAAGGUGAUGUAAAUGGGUGAGAAGGAAAAAAGAGUGGGAUUCAAAUGUCUUUAUCUGUUAAUGGUCCCCAUAGUCCUGCUCCUAUGGAACUGACAUAUGCCUUCCCUUUCUCACGCCUCGUCCUCUGACUACUCUCUCUACUAGUACUGUUCUUUUUAUCUCUGCCUCUCUAUCUCUCUUUGUCUCCAAAAUUAAACAUAAAACUUUGUUGCACCCCAAAAGUGAAGUAGGAAGAACCUUACCUUACAGUUCUUUCUUAAUCCUUAGGCUUUUAUUUUGCACCUCAAAGUGGAAAAGAAUAGAACCUUUCAAACUCUCGUGCCACGCCCCACCCCCUGCUAAGCUUGUUAGUUUCAUAUAAUAUCAUCUGCCUAUUUUAUCUCUUUCUUCUCUUGCCCUGUGGUCCACCACCUCAUUUGGACCCAGCAGGUCCAUAUAACAUUAUCAAUAUUUGGGGCGAUUUGAGCCAACAGCCAGAGAAAGUGGAGCCGAAUAUGGAUUGGAAUAGCAACUUAAGACACUUUGUUUCUCGACCAGAAUGUUCCUUUGGCUUCCUCUACAACUACGACUAUGACCAGUAUCCAGGAAUGGAGGUGAAGCACCAGCUGAUGGUGCCAGAGACUCCACAAGGGUUGGUUUCUACAAUGGAGAAGAAUAGUAAUAGCUAUAGCUGCAGUCAGGAGAAGAAGAAGAGAUUGACAAGUGAUCAGUUAGAGUCACUGGAGAGAAGCUUCCAGGAGGAGAUAAAGCUGGACCCAGAUAGGAAAAUGAAACUUUCCCGAGAUCUGGGUCUCCAACCUCGCCAAAUUGCUGUUUGGUUCCAAAACAGGCGUGCUAGGUGGAAGGCCAAACAGCUUGAGCGCUUGUAUGACUCACUUAAACAAGAGCUUGAUGUUAUGUCUAAAGAGAAGCAGAAGCUCCAAGAGGAGGUGAUGAAAUUGAAAGCCUUGCUAAGAGAACAAGCAGCAAGGAAGCAAAUAUCUGUAGGUUACACAGAAUUAUCAGGGGAAGAGACGGUAGAGAGCACAUCGGUGGCGGCGAUUCGUAGCUCAAACAAGUCACAAGGAAUGAACCAGCAGCAGCAUCAGAUUGCAGCGUGCAACAACAGUGUGUUCAAUGUGGAAGAAUAUAACACUGUAGUAUCACCAUCUUACUGGGGAGCGCUGCCUUCUUACCCCUAGCAACCUACAAAGGCAAGGCAAGGCAAGGCAAAGCAAGGCAAGGCAAGGCAGUUGUUAAUAACUUAAAUUUAGCGCUAGGUUUUACUCUUUUCUACCUUAGCAUUGGGAAAAAAAAAAAAAAAAAAAAUUUGGGAUAGAGACAGUACUACUGCCCCCCUUUGUCACUUGUAUUUUCCCUAUUGACAAAACAUUAAUUAUGUACGCUUCUUUAACACUGAUGAGUUAGGAUGACGGUAAUCUGCAAGACAUUAACUUUUUGUACUCUCCACAUGGAGAUGGAGCGCUCUACCAAUUUAUGCUUCUUCAA